AUGACAGCUGACUGUCUCAUUCCGCACUCUAAAAACGGUGACGGUCUAAUAGCUUGUGAAGCAUACUUCCCAUCAUGGUCAUAUAAUUCAGCAACUGAUGAAUGUGUUUUUUUCGUUUAUGGUGGUUGCAAAGGCAAUGAUAAUCGUUUUCCAUCUAAAGAAAUAUGUGAACAAAAUUGUAAAAAUUAA